CGGAGCACUUCACUGAGCUGUUGAUCAUUGACUUCUUGUUCCCCUCCGGACAGACCACCGUCUUCCACUGUCCUCCACCGUCCUCCUUCAUACCUAGUCCUCGAACCCCCACAUUUCUGAGCCAGGCUGUCCAGAAUAUCCUGCCUCUCGCAGGCUUCCCAACCAUCAUGCCUCCAUUGAACGACAGUUCCAAUGCGUCCAGCAUCGCCCCCAUUGACAAAUCCCAGUGCGGCUGGUUCAAAGAUGUUGGGUCCAAUAGCAUGUACGAUUUCAUGCAGACUUAUGGCUUACAUAUGCAUAACAUGGAAGACUACGAAGAAGCAAGAGCGAUAGUGGAUACCAUGAGACGCCAUGACCAAGAGAACUGGGAGGCAGAGCAGGACGAACAGGACCAGGAAUAUUACGAACACGGGGGGGAGCCAUACAAGAUAGAUUCUGUCGAGGACUAUGAUGAAAGCACGGAGGCAGAGCCCGUCGAGUACUAUGACUAUUACCGUGAGGACCGUGACCGUGAGGUGUACCAAAACGAGCAGGAUCCGGACUGCUGCGAGGACUGGCAAGCGGAGCCUGGCGAAUAUGACUACUACCAUGACUAUGACGAUCACUAUGAUGCGAACGAGGACGAAGAGAGCCAGGACUACAGUGACGCCUGGGAUUCGGAGCCGAGUGAUUUCAGCGACGAAUAUAAUAACUGGGAAUGAACUGCGGUUGGUGAGUCUAGCCCAUGCUUAGACCAAGUAUGUGGGAGAUCUGGGCUCAGAAGGGUUAGCGAUUCGGAGGAUUGUGUCUCAGUUAUUGUCUUAUCUGCAUCAGAA